UUUAAUUUCUAUUUUGUUUUGUAGCCCUCAUCAGUAGAUGACCGGCAAGGCAGUCGGCCAAGGUCUAUGGUUCGAUCGUUCACAAUGCCGUCAUCCUCAAGGCCACUAUCUGUUGCUUCAAUUUCUUCCAUCUCUUCUGACAGUGCUCCUUCUAGGCCUGGCUCAGAUGGGUUUGUGCUUGAGCCCCUUCUGCCAAAGAAGAUGCAUUCUCGAUCACAAGAUAAGUUGGAUAAAGAUGACUCAGAUAAAGAUAAGAAAGAAAAGAAGAAAGAAAAGAGAAACAGCAAGCACCAAGAAAUAUUUGAGAAAGAAUUGAAAUCAACUGAUAUUUCUCUGCAGCAGUCUGAAGCAGUGAUACUUUCAGAAACUAUCAGCCCGUUGAGACCACAAAGACCAAAGAGCCAAGUUAUUAAUGUUAUGGGAAGUGAAAAACGGUUAUCUGUUUCCCCGUUGCCACCUCCUCAAAAUAUUCCUCCACCAAUCACUCCAAGAACCAAGCUUUCUUUCAGUUUACAGCCCAAUUCAGAACUAAAUGGAAUGAAUAAUUUGGAAAUGAUGGACAUUCCUCCACCAUUACCUCUGAAAGGCGGCAUGGCAGAGUACGGAAAUGUCAUGGAGAGCCAUGAAUCUAUUAGCCCUGCCACUUCCCCACCUGUACCUCAAAGGCAGCUGCCACCUCCUUUACCAAGCAAAACACCACCACCUCCGCCUCCAAAGACCACUCGGAAACAAGCCUCUGUCGAUUCUGGGAUUGUUCAAUGAGAAAGAAGAGAUACCGUGAAAGAUUAAGUUGUACAAUUUCUGUGCUUUAAUAUGUUUAAAAUGUUUGCAAUAUUAUAUACAUCAUCCCAAAUCAACAAUAUGAAACUUUAAUUGCCAUAAUUCUCACAUUCCAACCAUUUUUGAUAUCUCUAAGUAUGGUUAGGGGACACGAUGGCUCAGUGGCUAAGAUGCUGAACUUGUUGAUCAGUAAGAUCAGCAGGUCGGCAGUUCGAAUCCCUAGCACCGCGUAAUGGAGUGAGCUCCCAUUACUUGUCCCAGCUUCUGCCAACCUAGCAGUUCAAAAGCAUGUAAAAAUGCAAGUAGAAAAAUAGGGACCACCUCGAGAAGGUAACAGCAUUCUGUGCACCUUUGGCGUUUAGUCAUGCCAGCCACAUGACCAUGGAGACAUCUUCGGACAGCGCUGGCUCUUCGGCUUUGUAACAGUUAUGAGCACUACCCCCUAGAGCCAGAAACGACUAGCACAUAUGUGCAAGGGGAACCUUUACCUUAAGUAUGGUUACAAGAUUACUCAACUGAAUGCAUUCCAAAGCAACCAGGAGCUGUUUUUGAACUAUGGUCCUGAAUGGGUUCUAGAACAAUCAAAAUAUCAUUUAAGACAUUGCAUUUGUGUCUUUAUUUUUGCAUUUGCAUACAUAAACCUUAUGAAAAUAAUUGUCCUAAUGCCUACAAUGUAGUUUAGUAUUAUAGCUGUAUAAUCAUUUACAUUAAAGUGUUAGGAAAACCACUUAUCAUGCUCUAGGCUUACAUUAGAAUUGGUCUCUCAUGCAUUGAUUGGUCCUUAGUCAAUAAAUUAUCAGCUAGUUUUUUCUUAUAUAUUAAUGCAGAAUAUAUUUUAAUUUAUAGGGAAUAGUAUCUUAUCUGCAAAUGUAGAAGUCUAAAAAUAUAUAGGGAUAAAAAUGAUGCUUUUGGAACCAACAAAAUCAAUCUUACCUUUAGUAUUUGAUUCACAAUUGUGUCACUAUGUACAGACAUUAUGUAUAUAUUAUGGUCUUACAGUGUCGUUAGAUUCACUCAUGCCUUACUUUUAAGUAAUAAGCAUAUAGUUUUAAAAUGUGUUGUGGUGUUUUAAUUAUUGAUAACUGUUAAAAUAUGUUACAAGUCUAACAGAGUAAUUAAGCACUGAAAUAUUA